UCUGGGUCAGGUAGCAGGUCACUGGGCACUAGGGUUAGUGGGCUGGGGGCCUAAGGGCCCUGGUGGCCCUAGGGACCGCCAUGGCCAUGGCUGAGCGGUCACGGUCUGAGUGGGACUCCUAUCAAAACCCCAACAGCAACAACUGCCAGGACGUGGGAAACUCCAUUCUGAUACUGUUGGGUCUCAUCAUCUGUAUUAACAUUGGCAUCAACUUGGUGACCCUGCUCUGGAGCCGACUCCGCAUCAUCUUACACCAAAUAUUCCAUAUCAUUUGUGAGAAAGCCUCUCUCCCAGAGCCCCACCUUACCUCUGUGGAGAAGCCAGCCUCUCCCUCCUCCACAGAAACUACUCAACUAUACCCACCUGGGAGGCAGAUCCAGCCCUUGAGGAAACAGACCUACCCUGAAGUCCAUCUUCGAUGUACCAUGGACCCCAUGAAAAUGACCGUGACCCCCCCACCCACUCGCCGACACCGCCGCAGAGCUUCCCAGUCUCGCCGUGCCCACCGUGCCCACCGGCCGACAGCUUGGGCCCCUGACACCGAUGAGGAGAGGUCUCUGCAUCAGUGUCAGGCCAUCUGCUCCCGCCACUGGGAUGGUCCUAAGGACUGGGAGAGCUUCCAGCCCCUGCAGGAGAUCUGGGAACCCUGGACUCAGGAUGGUCUAGAGCAACCUCCCCAGACCAUCCGUUUCCAGCCAACAGUAGAGGGACGGCCUCUCAAAACAGAGAUCCGGUCGGAGCAGGGCCUAGAGGCCUAUGUGUAUACUGUGAACCCCCCACCUCCCAACCCAGAGGCUUUGAGCCAUAAAAACAAUGGGGUGGGGCCAGGGGCAGGGGCUGAGGGUGAGCAAGCACCGUGCCAGCCUGCCUCACCAACCUUCCUGGGUCCAGCAAACAUCCCUGAAAUACCUCGGCGCCGUUCCUCGGGCCGAAUAGUGUAUGAUGCCCGAGAUGUGCGGCGCAGGCUUCGAGAACUGACCCGCGAGGUAGAAGCUUUGUCUCACUGUUACCCCUUGGUUUCUGGAUCCAGCACAGUUGAGGGGACAAGCAAAGAUUGGGUGUAUCGUCCCCUGAAGGGAAGAUGACUGGGGGGAAAAUAAAAAGGAGAGAGGA